GGGUCCCCAGGGGUGGAGCCACCUAGCGGGUAGGGCAUGGGCACCAGGCAGGGUGGGGCCCAGGGGCAGAGCGAGCUGUUGGCACUGCCUGAGUAAAUAAUGUGGGCCCACAGCACACACGAGUGUUUGCACAGAAGGACUUGAAAUGAUUCCAGGUCUGCCCUCUGUCCCCCACAUCCCCAGCCCCGCCUUGGUCUCUGCCCACCCCACCCCACCCUGACCUUUUCUUCCUUGUCACUUAAAGGAGCCCUUGAAUGGGAGAGUUGAAAUCAAAGGGAACACCCUUCCCUCCUGCUGGCAUUUUCUCCACCACAGGAAGCUGCAGGGCUGCCAUGUAACACUGGGAAGGUUGGGCACUGCACAAGGAGGGUGGGCAGAGGAAGCUGAAAUUCUACCUAGGCUCCAUUCGUCAAGCUAUGCUAUCCAGGUGGAAGGGAUGUCAUUUUCUGAGUUGUGUGAAAUUGAAUGGGCUAGCUGUGGCCCUACCGAAGUGGAGGUGUCUUCCAGACUGGGUUCUUUCCCUUGUCCCACCUGCAGAAGCAAAUGCCAGCUGCAUACGGAGGCUGCGCGGGUCAGUCUCACAGGGUAACUGGAGAUGGAUCAGGGAGCCCCCUUCCCCGCCUGCUGUCCCAGUAGGGCACCAUAAAUGUCACUGUGAGAGAGGAUUUCAGUGCUUUGAUUAAAGCCUUCCCCCCAACUGGCCAGUUACCUUUAAAGCAAAGAUCCUCAAAUUUGAACAUGCACGAGAAUCACCCAGAGGCCAGUUAAACCAGACUGCGGAGUCUCCCCCAGAGCUGCUGAUUCAGUGGCUGUGAACCACCUGAGAAUUCAAGUUUCUAGCAAGCUCCGAGGUGGCGCUGGUUCUGCUGGCCCAGACGGCACAUUUGGAGAACCACUGCUUGAAACUAUAAAUAACCCUCGAGAAAGGACACAAAUUAACUUGCCCUUAACAGGUUUAUCUGCUCCUUUCCUCCUCCCUAACUGGUUCUCUGUAUUAUUAGGAGCGUAUAUCUGUUGGUAAUCUUCUGCCUCUGGCUUGACGUAUUCUUUGUGUGUGUGUGUUUUUUUUUUUUUUUUUUUUUUUUUCCGAGACGGAGUGUUGCUCUUUCACCCAGGCUGGAGUGCAGUGGCACGAUCUCGGCUCACUGCAGCCGCCUCCUGGGAUCAAGUGAUUCUCCUCCCUCAGCCUCCCGAGUAGCUGAGACAAGAGAAUCAGGCACCCACCACCUUGCCCAGCUAAUUUUUGUAUUUUUAGUAGGGACAGCGUUUCACCAUGUUGGCCAGGCUGGUCUCGAACUCCUGGCCUCAGGUGAUCUGCCCGCCUCGGCCUCCCAAAGAGCUAGGAUUACAGUCACGAGCUACUGCACUGAGCCUGUCUUGAUGUAUUCUUAAGUCUCAGGCCCCCACAUCACUGCCAUCCCAGAAUGUCCUGGGGUUUCAGUGCUUGCGCACCUCUCCAGUCCCCCUUCUCACCCAAACUGUGCACUCUGCUAUUGGGUUCAGGGAAAAGGGCCUGGGCAAAACCAAGCCAGGGCGGCCCGUGGGGAGCAAGGCCUCUGACUGCUUGUGUUGAGGCCAGAUGGCUCCCCCGGAGGGCCUUGGGGCAGCAGUGAGGAGCAGGUGGCUGAGUUGCUAAGGGUUUUAGGUGUUCCCUGGAGCCCUGCCCCAUCUCACAACCACCCUGGCUCCUCCUGGAAAGCCUGGCAUGUGGCACUGCCUCCGGGUGGCCGCAUGCUCCUCCAGGCAUCGGGGAAAGUAGAGAGCACUGGGAGCUGGAAGGGGCCCUGGGGGCAGCACCUUCUGAGGGAGGGUAAGGGGAGGUGGGUACCAUGCACCCAGCCUGGGGUAUUGGGACACACACACCUGUGAGCUCUUGCUCAGUGGCCACCUUGAGAGUGUUGAGUUUACUUAGAUCCCCCAGAUAGCCCUGUGGGAGGGCAAGGGCUGGCCUACUCCCCGGCGUGUGGGAGGGUUUCUACCCCGCCUUGUUCCUCUCGUCUUUCCCCUGCUGGUGAAGAUGAUGGCCACCUUUAGGAUGGUGGCCUCUGCCUGCCACUUCCACUCCUAUCCUUGUCAAGGGCAGAAGAAAAACAAGCUUUGCUAUAUCAGGAAAGAUUUGGACACUGAGGGCCCCUUGUUCCCACCUCAGUUUGCUCAUCCGCCAAAUGGCGCAAUCAUGCCUUCCAUUGUGAGGGCUGAAUGAGGUCAGGAACCUCAGAAGGCUGUUUUAAGCACAGUACAUGUGUGGAGCUUUGCUGCUCCCAGCCAGCCUGGCUUCCUUGGGGAUUGAGGGAGCGAUCUAUUUCCAGUCCUGCACCCACUCCCACCUCGCUGUCUUUCCCAGCCAGAAGGCCUGUCUGCCCAACCAUGUCGUGGCUGCCCAAUGACCCGGAAGCCCCCAACUUUGUCCCAGGCCCAGCCCACUGUCCACAGGGCCCCUCAUCCCCAUAACCAGCUUAGCGGCCCCCACAGGGAUGGAGAAGCAGUCAAACCUGAGUCCUCUUUCAUUUCCGUAGACACAGCCGCCAGCCCAAACAGCAGCGGCAUGGGCAGCGCCAGCCCGGGUCUGAGCAGCGUGUCCCCCAGCCACCUCCUGCUGCCCCCCGACACGGUGUCGCGGACAGGCUUGGAGAAGGCGGCAGCGGGGGCAGUGGGUCUCGAGAGACGGGACUGGAGUCCCAGUCCACCCGCCAUGCCCGAGCAGGGCCUGUCCGCCUUCUACCUCUCCUACUUUGACAUGCUGUACCCUGAGGACAGCAGCUGGGCAGUCAAGGCCCCUGGGGCCAGCAGUCGGGAGGAGCCACCUGAGGAGCCUGAGCAGUGCCCGGUCAUUGACAGCCAAGCCCCAGGGGGCAGCCUGGACUUGGUGCCCGGCGGGCUGACCUUGGAGGAGCACUCGCUGGAGCAGGUGCAGUCCAUGGUGGUGGGCGAAGUGCUCAAGGACAUCGAGACGGCCUGCAAGCUGCUCAACAUCACCGCAGAUCCCAUGGACUGGAGCUCCAGCAAUGUGCAGAAGUGGCUCCUGUGGACAGAGCACCAAUACCGGCUGCCCCCCGUGGGCAAGGCCUUCCAGGAGCUGGCGGGCAAGGAGCUGUGCGCCAUGUCGGAGGAGCAGUUCCGCCAGCGCUCGCCCCUGGGUGGGGAUGUGCUGCACGCCCACCUGGACAUCUGGAAGUCAGCGGCCUGGAUGAAAGAGCGGACUUCACCUGGGGCGAUUCACUACUGUGCCUCGACCAGUGAGGAGAGCUGGACCGACAGCGAGGUGGACUCAUCAUGCUCCGGGCAGCCCAUCCACCUGUGGCAGUUCCUCAAGGAGUUGCUACUCAAGCCCCACAGCUAUGGCCGCUUCAUUAGGUGGCUCAACAAGGAGAAGGGCAUCUUCAAAAUUGAGGACUCAGCCCAGGUGGCCCGGCUGUGGGGCAUCCGCAAGAACCGUCCCGCCAUGAACUACGACAAGCUGAGCCGCUCCAUCCGCCAGUAUUACAAGAAGGGCAUCAUCCGGAAGCCAGACAUCUCCCAGCGCCUCGUCUACCAGUUCGUGCACCCCAUCUGAGUGCCUGGCCCAGGGCCUGAAACCCGCCCUCAGGGGCCUCUCUUCUGCCUGCCCUGCCUCAGCCAGGCCCUGAGAUGGGGGAAAAUGGGCAGUCUGCUCUGCUGCUCUGACCUUCCAGAGCCCAAGGUCAGGGAGGGGCAACCAACUGCUCCCCAGGGGGAUAUGGGUCCUCUGGGGCCUUCGGGACCCUGGGGCAGGGGUGCUUCCUCCUCAGGCCCAGCUGCUCCCCUGGAGGACAGAGGGAGACAAGGCUGCUCCCCAACACCUGCCUCUGACCCCAGCAUUUCCAGAGCAGAGCCUACAGAAGGGCAGUGACUCGACAAAGGCCACAGGCAGUCCAGGCCUCUCUCUGCUCCAUCCCCCUGCCUCCCAUUCUGCACCACACCUGGCAUGGUGCAGGGAGACAUCUGCACCCCUGAGUUGGGGAGCCAGGAGUGCCCCUGGGAAUGGAUAAUAAAGAUACUAGAGAACUGA